GUCUGUUUUUUCUUUUCGCGAUCAUACUAAGCUGGAUUAUUUAGUUUUCAUCUUUUUUAGAAGUUUUCAAAUUUCUUAAUACACGCCCACAAUCUACAUAGCCGUUCAUCACCCGCUGUUCUUGGACCUUAUGGAAAAGGGUUUUGAUUCAUGGUUUCAAGACCGACAGAUUGAUUUGCAAUCACCCAAUCCGAAUUUACUGAAUGCCCGAAUAAGUUUAGGACCUCAAGUUACCAACCCAUUUUCUGGGAAUAUGGUUUCACCCACAAGGCAAGAACCAGGUGGAUGGUUCUAUGGUUUGCCUCGAUAUCGUCAGGGUUUGCUCCCUGUGACUAACUCUGUAAAAGAACAGCUUCCGGUAGCUGGACCCAUUGCUGCUCAAGGUGCAAAUGGGGCACAAAAGAAGUUUCUUGUGUUUGAUCAAUCGGGUGAUCAAACAACGUUGAUUUAUAGUGGAGGUGUCGGGAAUGCUCCAGCCCGUUACCAAUUUCCUUCCUUGAAUAACACAAAACCGCAAUACGGUUCACAUCUGGUACAUGCUAAUGAAUGUAUAAAAGAAAAUGGUAGAGAUGAUUCAAGAAGCGAUAUGAGAGAGGAUACCGAAGAGCUUAACGCUCUGCUCUACUCUGAUGAUGACGAUGAGGAGGAUGAUAAUUAUAAUGAUGUUGAAAGUGAGGAGGCGAGUACCGGACAUUCUCCUAGUUCAGUGGCAGGGUGCCAUGAAGUAAAAGAAAGGAGUAGAAGUGGUGAACAAGAGGAAAUUGUGAGUUUUAAAGCUCCUACGAAAAGGCGUAAACGGGAGCAUGAGUAUACUAUGCUAGAUGAUCUUGAGGACACCGCAAGCUCGGGAAAAUCUGGGAUCAACUGCUCUGGGAAUGAAGUGUUUGAUGAGGAAUCCAUGUAUUUUCUGUCUGGUAACAAGAAACUGAAAAAAGAUAAGAUGAAGGAGACGAUAAAUUUGAUUAAGAAUCUGAUUCCCGGUGAUAAAAAUGGCAGGAAUGCCAUCAUGGUUAUUGAUGAAGCCAUCAGCUACUUGAAAAGUUUAAAGGUACAAGCAAAAGCUUUGGGGCUCGAUUCUCUUUAAGCUGUCAUAUAUAUUUGUGGUUUAUGUUUAUUAAGGUAAUACUGAAUAAAUAUCUUAGAAUUUAGUAAUAUUUGAUGUGGGAUUAUGAUGGAGAUCAGGAACUGGUCAUAAAGUUGGGAUUUGAGAAGAUUAAGUUUGAAAUCUAUCAAAGCAUCCUCAAGUGGUUUCUUGAAUGGUGGAUGGUAUGAUCAUUUACGGAAACUAGUGUGUGUUUUUGUUUAGUUUAGAGAGAAUUGGGUAUUUUUGAUGUGGGGCUAUGAUGAACAUCCAUCAAUGCAUCCUCAUGUGGUGUGUUGAAUGAUGAUGUUGGUAGUGGUAAUCAUCUUUGAAAACUACUGUUUGAGGGAGAAUUUGGUACUUUUGAUGUGGGGUUGUAAUAAAGAUUAAGAUUUGGGCAUAAAGUUGUAAGCUUUAAGGAGAAAAGAGUUUAGAACCCCAUCAAAGCAUUUUUCAAGUAUACUGUAUGUAUUAAGGAUAUUCGACCUCCCGAAUAACUUGUCCCUGACGAGAUCGAGUAUAUUUGCUCUUAUAAUUGUAUUAAGGAGAAUUUGGUGAUUCUUUAAUGUGGGGUUGUGAUGAAUGAAAAUGAAGAAUGAUGCAUAAAGUAAAAAAAAAAAAAACUUGGUGAAGUGAAAGUAUGCAACCCAUUAAAGCAUGCUCAAGUAUUUUAUUAAAUGAUGGAUGAUGAUCAUUAAUGUGAACCACCGUGUGUGUAGGGUCACUUUAGUAAUUUUUGAAAUAUGGGGUUGGGAUGAAGGUCAAAAGUUGAAAGCUUUGUGUGCUUUUGGUAGGGACCUAUGGUGAUUUUUGUCUUGUUUUCUGGUUGGACAUACUUCUUGUAGUUUCACUGUUGAAGCUUUGGUUCGGAUCACGAAUUCACGAUGGCCCACAGCGGCCGUCUCAGGUAAUGGUUUGAAGAAGUUUCGUAUGAAAAGAGUUUGUUUUUCGCGUUGGUUUGUUUUGUUAUAGACACAGGGUAACACCACCAGGCAAAAGUCAACCCGACCAAGGUAUUUGCGGUGACGUCGCCGCUAAUACUCUGACACUGACAGGGGGCCCGCUAUUUUCUCUGCCAGAUUUACCAUUAAGGACAUGGGAGCCCGCAGAAUUAACGGCGACGUCACCGCUAAUACUACUUGGUCGGGGUUUGAGUUUUUUUAGUCUGGUUUACUUACGCUCUUCGUUGUUAUAUUGACAUUAUUUAUGGACUUGUUUGCAUGUUUGUAUUUACUAUGAUUGUAGUUGAUACUGUGUUUCUAUAUAUAUAUAUUUCCCUUUUGUAUAUUA